CGGGUCCGCAUUGCGCACAGCGCACGCAAGUUCUGGCCGGCCCGGUGUCUCACUCGCUCGCAUUCGUCCCUCCCAGUGCCACGACGCCAUGGCGAGCGUGCUCAACAACCUCUUUGGAGGCAGCAAGCCCUCGGGCAACGCCGCCCCGGCGAAGGCUGCCGAUGCUGACUUCGCCGACUUCUCCCAGGUCCCUGAGCCGGAGGCGGCCCCCGUCUCGCCCGCUCCAAACACGUUCGGCGGGGCCCCGGCCGCGCAGACCCUGCGUCCCUACACGAAAUGGUACAGAUUGCACGAGCGCUACACCUGGUCUGACUUCCAGGCCGAGGGAAUCAUUCUGUGCUUGAUCGCCGUCCUCCUGCUUGUCCACCUCUUCGGCGCCCGCUUGAACCGCUCCAAGGCCAAGAAGUGGAUCCGCGCCCACGCCGCGCCCCUGACGGCCGAAUUCGCCCUUGUUGGCUUUGCCGGUGUCCCGGUGGCCGUCGCCGACAAAAAGGGAGAUGAGCUGGUUCAGGCGCUCGCCGAUUUCAACGCCCGGCAGGGCGACGACCUGUUGAAGGAGAAGAGCCUGUUCGAGUUCGCCACCUACGCGACCGGACGCGCCAACGUGGCCUUCCUCGACGUGAAGCUCACGCUCCUGAAGCGCUUCAACCCGCUCAGCGUGCUCGUCGACUCCGUCAUGGCCUUCUUCUUCGACAGCGCCAGCGAAAAUCACGAGUGCGUCGAGGCGACGCUCUACCCUUUCGACGGGAAGGAGGCGCUCACCGUGCCCGGCCUUCCCGGCGCCGCCGAGCUCCGCAGCAAGGACAGCAAGAGCACGUUCGACAGCUUCGUCUGGGCCAUUGUGCACAAGGAGCGCAUGAAGCAAGUCCGCGACGACCGCUACGACGUCUCGCUCACCGCUACCAAGGACCAUCCCAAGCUCCCCAACUGGCUGACCGUCAUGACCGAGAGCGCCGAGAUCACCGAUGCUCUGCUCACGCCCGAGCUGAUCCAGGCCGCCGAGCUCGCCGGAGAUCUCCUGGAGUACCUCAUCAUCUCGGACCAACCGAUUGAGAAGCCCAAGACCAUCAACGAGACGACCCCUCGCAAGCGCAUCUUCCUCAAGUACCGGCUGCCGUCGGACGACAACUACGCCAACCUGCUGCCGCUCUUCAAGUACUUCCUGCGGCUCACGGACAGGCUGGUGCAGGCGGCGCACUUCCGGCCGGAGGUGCUGCGCAAGGUCAAGGCGGUGCGCGACAACGCGGUGCGCGAGAUCCAGCGGGCCGACGAGGAGAGCAAGGCCGAGGAGCGCGCGCAGGAGCGCGAGCGCCUCAAGAAGGCCAAGCGCGACCAGGAGCUCAACGCGCUCGACGCCAAGGCCCAGCGCAAGUACCUCGAGAAGGAGCGCGAGAAGGAGAUGAAGCGGAGCAUGAAGAAGCAGACUAUAAGGGGUUAAGUCGCUUUUGCUGCUUGGCGUCUUGGUGGUUCAGGCUACUGGAGAAGACCGGGCUGAGGAGGUUACGGGGGGUUGUUGGCUGAUUUGGCGGGUCAAAAGGACUUGUACAUCUUGGUACGUAGGUUUGGAGAGGACAUCUGCGCAUGUAGCAAUACAUCAAUGUAAUGUUUAUGAACAGCGCGAC